GGUCGUCGUAUUUAUAUUCGCCGGAGGGUUUAACAAAGGCGCCAAUCCUUAUCUUUUAAAGGCAAUGAUUAGGGGCUUGUGAUUGGGCGAAAUUCAAUCACUAACCAUCAAUUGUUCUACUAGCCAAUGAGAACGCCGGAUAUAGACUAUAUAUUUCAAAUUCUUUCUUCAACCGCAUCAGUGUUAUCACAUCGAUAGAUCUGUCACUUCUAAGAUGGCGAGAACAAAGCAAACCGCAAGGAAGAGCACGGGUGGCAAGGCCCCCCGCAAACAGUUGGCAACUAAAGCCGCUCGUAAGAGUGCGCCCGCCACUGGUGGAGUGAAGAAACCACACAGGUACAGGCCAGGAACCGUCGCUCUGAGAGAGAUUCGUCGCUACCAAAAGUCAACAGAGCUGUUGCUCCGCAAACUACCAUUCCAGCGUUUAGUUCGUGAAAUCGCUCAAGACUUCAAAACUGACCUGCGCUUCCAAAGCAGCUCUGUGAUGGCCCUGCAAGAAGCGAGUGAAUCUUACUUGGUUGGUCUGUUUGAAGACACAAACUUGUGUGCAAUUCACGCCAGGAGAGUCACAAUCAUGCCAAAAGACAUUCAGCUGGCACGUAGAAUCCGUGGCGAGCGAGCUUAAAUUUUAUACCAAACAAAACGGCUCUUUUUAGAGCCACCAAAAGCAAUUCUAUCGAGUUUCUUCUACAUCCCGUGGCGACUGGAAUACAUAAAUACUCACGAUUACAAAAUUAUAACUUGUAGAAAAAAACGGCAGUGAACCAGGCUCUCUCCAGCUUGACGGUGUAAAAGUAAACCCGUUGCAACGAUUCCGCGCGGGUCUUACUACUUACUGAACAGAGCGCAGAAGAGAGGAAAACAUUUUUCUUUCAUUAUUUAUUAGCGUCCGGGAAAUUUUAAUUAAAUAAUUUGAUUGGAAACUCUACCUACGAACGGCUCUGGUUACGAAAAAUCCAACUUUCGAAAAUUCUUAUCGUAAAAAUAUUGCUUCGACACACGUAAGGACCGACAAGCGAAAAUGAAAAGCGCGUGUUGUGAUAUUUAUUUGUUUUAGGUCAAUGCAAUGUUUUAGGUUAAUGCAGUGCUUGAAGCAGGGAAGUCCAAUUGAAAUAAUAUUCAAAUAUCGCCACUUUCGAAAAUUGUUUUUCGUGUUUAUAAGAACAACGAAUAUGGUACGCAAAUCCUAUCCCGCUUGAUUUAAAACAUUUCACAAUUAUUUCAUUUUUUAUCGUAAUCAAACGCAGACUUGCACGCCAUUAAAUUACACCCGACAUGAAAGGAUUUCAAUUAACGUCGACUUGGAAGUGCUUUAUACGACGUCAAUGAUGUUUUUGAUUGGAAAUAUUUUGCAAUUAUUUUAUUUUAGCCGAUUCUAUUCUGAAGCUCCAGAAGUAUGUGCACCAAGAUGGCGCACAACCCGAACACAGUAGGUACGGUACCGGUACAGUACUGAUAAACGGUAUACGAAGGGUGUACAGCCAAAGCCGGGGAUUAUAACUCCAAUAUAUUAAAUUAAUCAA